GUACGCAGAUGGGAAAGCAACUGAGUCAGGGAGGGCUGCCUCUCAUCUCCUUGCUGUUAUCACCAUCUUUCACUCUCCCUCCUCUCCUCCUGUGCUGCCAUGGAGCUCCAGCAGGCUGAAUCACAACAGCGUCUGCAGAAAGGGCUGAGAUAGAUGUGUAUGAGUGUGUGGAGUUUCUUUGGGCCAGUAUGGAGCGUGUGUGUCUUAGAAGAUGGGCAUCGGGCUCUGCUGUUGUGUUUCUUCACACACUGGCCUUAUCCUGGACAGGUGCAAUUGAGCCCUCUCCCAAAAUUGAUGGACAGCACCGGGCAGCUGUGAUACUGCAGGAGAACAUGACACACCAGUUCAAGUGCCAGUCAGAUGGCUGGGAUCCCCGUGCCCCACCCUUGCUAACUUGGUACCUGAACGGGGAGCGACAGAGAGAACCAUCAUCUAACCGUGGGCGCCUGGUGAUGACAUCGCAGGAAGACUCCGAAGUCAUGAGACCAGGGACCAAUCAGAACAGCACUUUCUCUCUGCGGGCCAGGAAAUGGGACAGGGAGCUGGUGUGUGUCGCAUCAAACCCCAGGACGGGAGAAAGCUACAAUGCCACGAUCACACUAAAUGUCCAAUUUAAGCCAGAGAUCCUCAGGGUGAAUGCCCACUACACUGAAACCUCAGACCCUGGCCUCUCACUCAUCCUCUUUGCCUUGGUACGAUCCAACCCUCCUGCCACCAUCACCUUCGUGGACCAGUCUGGCCAGCUGGUGGCCAAUACCUCUGACUUCCUCAUCCUGGACUCACGAAGCUACCCCUGGUUGACUAAUCACACGCUGAGGGUCAUGCUCAGUAGCCUAUCAGGGAAUGUCUCACUGAAUGCCAGCAACAGCGUGGGAACAGUGCAGAGUAAUCUCACACUGACAGAGUUCCUGCAUUCUCGUGUGGAGGUGCCUAUGCUGGGAAUAGUGACUGGUGGAGCCAUGGCCUUCAUGGCCCUCCUUAUCCUCAGUCUGAUAGUUCUCUGCCUCAUGCAAAAAAACAAGCGCAAAUCCUUUGAUGAACCAGUGGAGAUUCUGAUGACCAAGAAAAGUGACUCCACCAAUCUAAAGGCAGGGAAAGCUGAUAAGAUCCACAUCCCCAGAGAGAACAUGUCCCUGCCUUCCAACAUGCAGCUCAAUGAUCUCAGCACUUUGAGAAAAGCCCGAGAGGCAGCCCAGCACAACAGUGUGGGAGAGGAGAAGAAAGUGGAAGAGGAGGAGGAAGAUCUGUCCUUAGCCUACGCCGCCAGAGGUUUUGCCAGGUAUCCGAUGGUGGGAUAUAUCUAUAAAGUGAACAGCACAAGCAGUGAGGAGAUCUGGCUGUGACUGAUCUCAAAGUUACACAAAUACACAUAUAUGAUGUACAUGCAUGCAAAAGUACAACAGUGCAGCUUUCCAAAAGGAAACCCAGAGCAACUGCCGGUCAGUCAAUCAACCAAUCAUCCAUCACCUCUAAGCAGGACCAGGAUGACCAGGGACCAGAAACUAUCUUGAUGUGGAGAUCUUAUCUAUUACUGGGUUACAUAUGGUAUUACCACACUCCGUUUCUUUGACAGGUUCAUCCAUGAACUUGAAUUCCUUGUUCACAAAACAAAACUGUCGAUGCUUUUGUCUGUCUGAAUCAAGUGCUCUGGUCUAUACACUGCUGAUGUGUUGUCUCAACAAUGCAAAGUAUAAACAUGAACUACAGACCUACAUGUUCUGUAUGUUUGGACAAGAUUUCACCCUGUAACCACAUGUUCAUGUCCUCUACCCUCCCUUUUGCAUUACUGGAAUGCAUUUAUUGUUCUAUGCUAUCACCAGAGUGUCCAAGAUAAAGUACUGUAUGCAAGAUUUUGCAUUUUGACCAAUCAUAUUCAAUUAUAAUGCUAUGUAAUUAUAGAAUAUGUAUUUGUUUAUGGACAUUUAACAUGUUAUGUACUGUAUAUUUGUAUCCAUAUGCAUAUGUAUAUAAAAGAGUGAGUCUAAUAAA